GGCAGUAAUACACAGGUUUACCAACCGAGAAGAAGAAGAAGCAGAAGAAGAAGUUGUUCAUUAUAACAUUUAUCUCUUUAAAUCAUUUUUAUUAAAUAUUACUGACUUCCGACGGCGGAGCUUCAGUGGGACGCAGACCGGAAGUGUUAGCAUGCUAGCUGUGUGGCUGUGUGCAGUUAGCUGGAAGACGAUGGUGUCGUCGUGUCGCAGAUAAAGAUUCGAGCGGUGAUGAAGCAACAAUGUCUUCAGUCCAGUGUUUGAGAGACUUUGUCCACGAGCGACUAACUGCUGCUGCUGAAGAGAUCUUCAGAGUCUUUGAACAAACGAUCGUCGAGUACGAGGAAGAGAUCGAUCGACAGAGAAGACUGUUGGACAUCGUUUGGAAACCUGAGAUAAAGUUACACAGGACAGUUUCAGGCCGCCGUCCUCCAGAGCUUCCACAGCAACAUGUCUGUAAGGAGGAGGAGCUUCUCACUGACCAGGAGAGGAACCCCAGUCUGGACCAAGAGGAUCCAGAGCCUCCACAGAUUAAAGAGGAGCAGGAGGAGCUCUGCACCAGUCAGGAGGGAGAGCAGCUUGUACUGAAGCAGGAGAACGAUACCUUUAUGUUGACGUCUCCUUAUGAGGGAAGUGAGCACAGCGAACCAGAACCAAUCAGUGAGCAGCAGCUCCUCUCUCACAUCUCUCCUGGAGCUGAGAGCCAAGAUCAGAGAGGAAGUGAGCAUGUGGACCCAGGAUCAACUCGAGAUGAAGAGUCCCAGAGAAACAGCUCUGCCCCAACACAGAGUCACUGCAACACUCACUCAGGGAGAAGGUCUUCAGCAUGUGACACUUGUGGAAAAGCUUUUCGCAGUAACUCUGACUUGAAACGACACAUGAGGAUCCACACAGGUGAGCGGCCGUUUUCUUGUGAAAUAUGUGGGAAUAUAUUUAUUCAGAAAACCAACUUGCAACAGCACAUGAGAAUUCACACGGGUGAGAAGCCGUACCUCUGCAAGAGAUGUGGGAAAAGGUUUAGACAAAACUCAGCGUAUAGAAUCCACGAAAGAAUCCACACGGGUGAAAAGCCGUAUACUUGUAACAUCUGUCGCAGGAGAUUCAGUCAGACCUCACACUUAAAGAGUCACAUGAGGAUUCAUACAGAUAAGAGUCAAGUGUUCCCUCCCUUUUAACUCUGUGUUUGGUCUCCUCCCCUCCUGAGGGACUGGCUGCGUUCACCUGUUUGCUUACAUCAUCACAUUGUCAUUCAACAAAAUGUAUAUUAUAUAUUAUUUUAUAUAAUAUGAACAUGUCAUAACAGACACUUUUUUAAGUCUCUGCCUGAGGACGAACACUGAGCUGCAAACGUUUGGACAUUCUUACGUUCAUGUAUUUUUCUGCAUAAAAGUAUAAAUAAAUGAAUGUUUACAUAUGAA